AUGGCGGCGUUUGACGAGAAGUACUUCCCAAAUUCAGUCAGGGAAAGGAAAAAAGUAGCGUUUAUCGAAAUCCAAGAAGGGGGCAUGACUGUGGAACAGUAUGCCGCCAAGUUUGUAGAGCUCUCUAGGUACAUGCCCCACAUUAUAAACACCGAGACACGAAAGGAAGCUAAAUUUGAGAGGGGCCUAUGGCUGGAUAUCAGGGGUAGAGUAAUGUCGGCCAACCUAAAGUCAUACGCCCCAUUGGUAGACCUCGCUCUGAAGAUUGAGAGAGACUGUGAGGACCACAGAUCAAGGAAGGAAGGAAGGAUGAAGGCAGUGCCAUCGAGAAGGUUUGGGAAGAAGCCCCUGCAAUUCCCAAGGAGAGAUGUUACAGGGAAGCCAUAUCAGCUUAACCAGAGGACCCAGAAGAAUCUCCUAGGCAAUAUGGAUAGUGAUCGCUGCCUUGCUUGUACUCAUUGUGGGAAGGAUAACCACACUACCACUGAAUGCUACAGAAAAGGAAUGUGUGCCUAA